UAUUUAUUUGUAUGACUUAUUCGAAACAUAACGAACGUGUUGUGCUACAAAAUUACUAGUUUUAUUCCCAACUCCUGCAAAAUCGUUAGUGUUUUGCAAAAAUGUUGAAAAAAUUCGUGGAGGUGAACGCGGAGUGCAGUCCAUCCGCAAAUCCGUAUGAAGUGCGUACGUUUCUGGGCAACGAGACAUCGCCGGAAUGGAAGGCGGAGAACUGUCCGCCCCGCGAUCGUGUUUGUCAGAAGAAGCCGCCCAACUCCACGAUCUCCCAAGUGCUGACCAUCGAGGAUGAGCUGCGUCGCAUCCACCAGAAGGCGGAGGAGUCCCGCUUCAUUAGGCCCUACAAAAAGCAAUGUGCCCUAUACGACGAGUACACCAUGUGCAUCAUUCCACAAAGGACGCCGGCGGAGCUGAAAACGCACGCAGAGAUGCGAGAGCGCCUGCUAGCAGCCCGCAAGGAUUUUGGCCUAGUAGAGCACGAUGCCAGAGUGGAAAGGACGUGUCCGAAGGACCUUGUGGUGCUCAACAGUCCCAUGGUCAUGGGCGAGGAAGAGCAGCAAGCGGAGGAAGGUGAGGAGGAGGAGGAGGGGGAGGUAAGGCCACAACUAGCCACUCCAGAGUGCAGCUCGGAUAUGAUCAUAAUUCCGGAUAAGCGCAUGUUGGAGCUAAAGCGUCCCAAGAGCCGUAUCUACUUGAACGAGACUGAAGUUGGCCCCCUGGAGGAGUUGCCUUUCCCCUCCUACAAUCCGCGUGUCCUGCAAGAGGGCUUAGAGGGAGAGAACCUUAAGACAUACGACAUCAUCGAGGGCUGCAGUCCCCAGGAUCUGUGGACCUGGAAUGUUGGCUAUCAGAAGCGCGAGGAGAACUUGGACCAGGAGUUCAUCGCAGCCUCUCUGCCCAAAUAUGAAAACGACGGCGAACUUACGCUCUAUAAUAUACCCCAGCAGCUGGAGAAGACUUUCACCGCUGAGAUUGUGUUCGGCAAUAGAAAUAUCUAUCCGGAGCCAAAGCAGGAGUCUUACCGAUUGCAAUACUAUAAUCGACCCAGUGAGAUCGGCGCCAUUAUAGUAGCCUUCGUGGAGAGCUUUCGCUUGAACCCAGAUUUCUGGACAGCAGCUACCAUGGAUGGUAUCCUGAAGCGCGGCGUGAAGUUGACCAAAAAGAGCGCCGAUCUGAACUACAAGUCGGAGACGAAUGACUUUGACAUAAUUCAACAAGUGGUGGAACGAGAUGCUGCCGUGGAGAUAAAGAUCCACUUCUCAGGACUUCUUAAGAACGAACCGAAUAUGUUCAAGGCCCUUUCACUAUUCUUUUCCAAAUACAAUGCGUGUAUCUUCACAUCCCGCGAUCUCUUCCUGCUCAUCUGGAAGCGUUGCCUGAACUCGUACUAUAUCUUCGAUCCCAAUGGACGCAACGAGGACUGUGAGCGGGAUUUCGAGGAAGGCAAGUGCUCACUCAUGGCCACUCGCUAUACGGAGCAUUUGGUGCACCUGAUCACCAAGUUCAGUGAUCUGCAGCCGCAGGAUGAGUUCAAUAUCUUCGAGAUAUCCUUGACCCAGUACGGAAAACUGAAGGAGCCGCCCAUUAAGGCGGCGGAGAAUGAGGAGUACCACAAGCUCUGGGCCGUGGUCAACGAGAACUUCGCGGUGAAAACAGCGGCCACUGGUGGCAUUCACCAGCCCAUCUCCGGCAAUGAGAAGAAUGCCUCGCUGGUUGUAUCCUUGAUAGCUCUUAUUUACUCGGAAUUCGAGCUUGCUAAACUCUGGAAACCUGGCACUGUGGAUGAUAUCAUAAGGUACGGCGUUGCGUACUAUAAGACCCUGCGCAAGAAGUUCCGCCUGGAUGGCAAACGCUGGAAGAACAAGAAGCCCCAUUUGAAUGUGGUGGAUCUGCCGGAGAUGUUUCUUAUGGGUGCUUUUAAGGCCACGGUUCGCAAGCAUCCCUUUAUGAUCAACGGUCAUGUGGCGGACUGCAAGAGCUACUUGGAAUCCCAGCUAACGAUGGCUCUGCAUCAGUUGUUCAACAUGCCCCAGUGGCCUUCGGCGCUGCUCCAGAUCGAUAAUUCGGUGAUGGCUGUGUGGCGGGACAGGGAGUUCUUCUAUGUCUUCGAUCCCUUCCGGCGAAAUCGAACUGGUCUUGUGGUAGAUCCCGACGACUAUACCAUUAAGGGUCUAGCCGUACUGCAAAUGCACGCCACCUUUGACUCCUUCGUCCGGGUGAUCUACAUGAAUGCCUUGAAGAUGCGACGUGGUGGCAAGUUCUUUAUCCAUGGGAUCAGGACGGGUUGCAUUCGCCCCUUGCAGGUGAUGACACCGCAGACGAACAAGUUUCCAGGUCUGCAAAUGGGGCUGCCCACCUUCACGGAUGAGCCACCUAUGCCGGAGUUGAAGCAGAAGAAGAGCAUCGAGAGUAUUCCGGAGGAGGAUCGCUUCCCCACGGUCGAUGAGAAGGAGAUGGUGGAGGAACUGAUUAACAUGAUCAUAAAUAGCAUCAUCAAGGAACUGCCAGAACCGCAGCCUAAGAGACCUUAUCUCUAUAAGCCAGCGCAGAAGGUUCUUUUGCGCACUGACCAGGAGAAUCUUAAGGCCCUGCGGCUGAAGAUCAAGCGAGGCUAUGAGCUAGGCCAGGAGGAAGAGGAGGAUCUGAAGAGGGUUCUCACGGUGGAGGAGGAAGUGGCUCUCAAGAGCAACUUUAAAGCGUUACCAGAUGGUUCCUGGAUCAUCAUGGGCACCACGCAGCUUCCUCAGUUGGAUGAGGAGAUGGCUAAGCUGGGAGGUCUCCUGGCUGGUUUGGUUGCCAUGGCUGUUUCCUCCAAGUACAAGCUUUCCACCUGGAAUGCAGACCUCAUUGAAUUCUCCCUUGAAUCAGCCAAUAGCUUUGGAGAUGAUUACCAGAACUACGAGUACAUUUUGGCCUGCCUUUUGGCCAAGAAACUGCCGGAUAUUGCCAUCGGAGAGAGUAACUUCAGUCUGGAGGUGAAGAAGGUGGUGAAGUCCUCGAUCAUGGUGCCUCUCCGCCAGGUCCUGGUGGAUCUGCUGGUUGAUAACAAUAGGUUGCUCCUCGUUUGCCAACGCUUCUCCUGCGUGAUCUUCAAGCGCUAUAACUUUGUGUACAUGUUCAUUGGAUUCCCGUGUAAUGCCAUUGGGUAUAGAAAAGGUGGCUCCGGACCAGCUUGUCUCCUCCGAUUUGUGGAACUGGAUGCCCUGAUCAAGCGCAUUGAGUUCGGCUGCAAUCCCCAGGGCUGUUCGGUGAUGAACUUCAUCGUGGCCUGUGUCCAAAUGGUGGACAAUAAUAUCCAUGGGCGCUUCCGACCCUGGCGCAAGGAGGAUGAUGAUAAGGAGGUCAAGCAGGAGACUGCGAGGCAGAAGAAGCUGCGCGAUCAGCGGCUGGAGAAGAUGCGCUACAUCGACGAGGAGCUCCGCAAGGAGAACGAGCGCAUCCAGAUGUUCUUGAAGGCAAAGCAGGAACACUUGGACCGCAAGGCGGGAAAGAAACCCGAGUACAGGGACAUUGGCAUCGACGAGGGCGAGGGCGAGGAGGGCGACGAGGAGGAGGACAUGGUCGGCGAGGAGGAGGGCGAGGAGGAAGGCGAGGGCGAGGAGGAGGUGGAGCUGAAGCACCGACCGGGCAAGAAGCUGCCCAAGGAACUGCGCCGUGCCUACAAGCCGCGUCCCAUCAUGUUCGGCUACAGGAUGCGCGAGAAGGACUGCAACUUCAAGAUCCAAGGCAGCCUGGCGCUCGAGGGCCGUGAGGAGGGCUCCUUCAAGACGAUCAAGCCGUGCUACUUCGCCUCCGCCCUGGCCAUUAUCAGUUGCUCCCUGCGCCCCCUGAACCAAUGGAACUCCUACCGCAUCGACAGGGUCAUCAACAAUGCCAAGGCCAUAGCCACGGGAGUUUGUGAAUUGGAAUCGGUCUUCGAGAGGGUGGUUCGCCACGUUACCAUCGAUGACUACGAGUUUGACAUCUGGAUUCGCUGCUUCGAGCCGGCGGGCAUGUGGACCCCAACCCCGGUGAAGAAACCGGGUUCUCCGGAAGUGGGUCUCAUGCUUUUCAAGAAGAAGUUCGGCAAGCUGCUAAACCUGCGUAAAUACAUGAUUAUCUUCACGCCCAACGGAAGCUAUGCCAUCUACCACGACGAGUUCUUCCACGUGUUCGAUCCUUAUGGCAGUAUGGAGAAACCUGGCGGGGAUGAGGAGCAGACGGACGAGGGCGACGAGGAGGGUGGAGGUGGGAAGAAAAAGAAACGUUGUCCUAAAGGACCCAAGCGUUGGCCCGAAAGGAACACCGCCUCGUGGGUUCUGCUCUACGACGUGGAUUCGGUGAUUAAGUACAUAGACGAUCGCAGUGCAGUGAAGAACUGGAAGGAGAAGAACCUGUACAAGUUCUUCCUGGUGGAUGUCCUGUCGCACAAGAAGGCGGCUCCGAACGCCCGAAUCCUGCAACUGCUUACGGAUCUCUCGAUACCCAUGACCUGCACCAACAAGCAGUACGGCAGACCCGAGUACGAGAUCUGUGCCACCAACGAAUCCCUUGGUUGGCUGGAACUGGAGAACUGUCUGCCCGUGUGGAGCAGGUUGAAUCGCCGCAAUACGGCGGGCAAGUACCGCAACCUGCCCAUCAGCAAGAUCAAGAAGUUCGACAUCGAGAUCGAGGGACGGCUGUGGUCCUUGUGGGGCAACCUCCACCCGGAGGCCCCGGUCUUCGAGGACGAUGUGAGGGGUCGUCAGUAUCUGGGCUGCUAUGUGAUGGCUUGCUGUGCCGCCAGUGUCUACCGGCUGAUGGAUUGGAGUCCCCAUCUGCUGGACACCAUUGUGGUCAGCGGCACCACCUACUUCAAGGAGAGCAUCGAUCAGAUCAGCAAGGAGGACUACGAGUUCUCGCUGGAGAACCUCAACAUUGACUGCUCCAUGGACACCAUCAACUUUGUGGUCCACAUCGAGCAUGUGUGCUAUGGCAAACUCUAUCGAGUGCCCACCUUCAACCGGAUGAAUCUCUCCGAGGCUCUGAUCUACUUCUUCAGUCACUACCAGUUUGGCAUAGUGAGUGUGCGAAAGCGUUCCCUGGCCAUCGGGUUCUGUCCUGGCCACGAUGGCGGAUACUUCAUGUACGAUUGCCAGGAGAAGGACCAUCCGCUGUUCCCCAAGCAGCAGGGCGCCUCCUACAUGCUGCGCACCCGCCACCUCCAGGUGCUCCUCUACUGCGUGGUGGUCACCCUGAACGUGCCCUUCUACAACAUCGACUUCAGCAUCCACAAGGUGGAGAUGCUGCGCGAAGGAGCCACCGUCGAGAACGAGGAGGAGGAGGGGGACGCCGAGGAGGGCGGCGAUUGAGGAGAUUUCUUUGGUAUUCGUAGGGUUGGUCACUAAUUGUUUGGAUAUUAUGUAUGGAUUUAGGAACAUAAAUAAAGCUUUAAAUCACUUUUUAA